ACAGUUGGAGGCUGCAGUGCUCCAACUUGGAUUUAAAAAGUUAAUACUUUUAAUGAACUCCAAUGGGAAUAUAUUGUUUUUUAACUUCUUUUUUUGUUUAAAUUGGAGUAUUUCCUUAUUGUUUGACUGCUUCUGGCAAAAAAAAAAAAACUCAAAAAUUUCCAUUGAUGGCAGAGCUUCUGGCAGCUGUUUAAUCAGUGAAAGGAUUUUCUUUCCUUAAAGACGCCACCGAUCUGCAGUGGACAUUUAUACAAAGGUUUUAGCACAAAGCUACAACAUGCAAGCCCUUAUUGGAGUUAAUAAGAUGCACUUGUGAGCUUUGAUGAUAAAAGAGACGCCUCCCCAGCUGAUUCAUGGGUUGAAACGCCAAACGACCUCCAUCUCCAUUUUUCUCUUCACUAAAACCAGAUUCAUCUACAACAAUACUGCCACCAAAAUCCAUGGCUUGUCAUGCACCAUGCUCACCUGGACCUGCCGCUUCAUCGACUGGUCAAUGCAGCAACCUCUAGAGUGAAACCCAAAAACAAAAAGCAAGAGCCCAUCCAUAGACAAAGCAGUGAUCUUCUAUCAAUCUCAAAAGUCAAUCACAGGAUAGGCUACCUGCCGUCCACCACCCUCCUUGUCCACAACGGACCCUGCAUAGCCAGGAAGCCAACAGGGACUAUGCAGUUGGGACUGGUGGCUUUGGCAAUGUUCUUCCUCAGCUCCUUAGGUCACACUGAUGUGGUCAAGCCCUCCAAGGCCAGGAGGCAGAGACGGGUUAGCAGCGAGAUGCUGCCAUCUUGCCCCAAAGGUUGUGAGCGUUGCUCCGACUACAACGGCUGCAUCAAGUGCCAACCCAAGCUCUUCAUCUACUUGGAGCGCAACGACAUCCGUCAAGUGGGCGUGUGCCUGGCCUCCUGCCCCAUGGGAUACUUUGGCAUGAGGAACCCGGAAGGCAACAACAGAUGUACCCAAUGUAAGAUAGACAACUGCGAUGCCUGCUUCAACCGCAAUUUUUGCACAAAAUGUAAGGAGGGCUUAUACUCCCACAGCGGCCGAUGUUAUGUCAGCUGCCCGGCUGGUCAGAGCACCGCCAACGACACCAUGGAGUGUGUGGAAUGCGAAAUGGCCGAGUGGAGCCAGUGGGGGUCAUGCACCAAGAAGAACAAAACAUGCGGUUUUAAAAAAGGGACGCAGUCUCGGGUGCGGCAGCCCCACAAUCCUGUCACCUACUUGGCGGGGCGUCCUUCUCAGAGGUGUGCAGCGCAGACUGAGAGGAGGAAAUGCACGGUGGCCAAGAUGCCGUGUGUGAGAGACAAGAAGAACCAAGGUCACGCGAGGGGGAACACACCAGGAGGAAACAUCAAAAAAGCCAGUCGAGGCGGAGGGAGAAGGAGUAAAAGCCAAAGCACCGUUGUUGCCAACAUCACAAGCAGCUCCGUCACUUAAAGUCCCACGGAAGCGUCACAAAACUAAUCCUGGACAUGUUGAUGAUGACACGUGCUGACAUCUUGACAAGCUUGACUGCGACACAGCAAAGGCCCACUUGUAGAUGCUGACUCAGCAUUCUUGCAUAGCAAACACAGACUGGAAGGCCAGAGCUCCCAUUGGUUUCGAACAAAUUUUGCUCCCUGUUUGUGUCGUCAGAGGUGACGGAUGGAUUCUUUUCUCUUCCACAGACAUGAGUAAUGAAAGUGGGAGCAUAUGGAAAGGCACUGGAAGGCAUUAGUAGUUGUUCUACACAAUAUUUUUCCCUAUUUUGUAAGAAGUACACACACAUCUACAAUGUACUUUAGGCUGAAUGAGAAACUGAAUACCCCAACUAUACGCCAUGGCUGCUCAGUUAUAUGUUUGCAACACAGGGUUUUUGAUGUUUUUGCACAGUCAUGAACAUUUAUAUUUGUUGGUCUUUAUUAAGUAUUUGCAUUAUUCAUUUAUGCUAAGGCUUGUGAACACACAUAAACAAAUAUUAGUAAAGCUGUGUAUACCGUAUCUUAUUUCUUUUUGCGGUGAGACCCCAAAUAAAGAGGACUCAAACACUCAUUCUGGGGCAAGAACCCUAUUGGUUUGGGAUAGUAUCCAAAAUGACCAAGGUGGAUGAUUGUCAAGGGCAUGGACAUCACUCUAGCUAAGCCCCCCCCCCUGGAUGAAGCCUAAAUCGGUGCAGGCUAAGCGCUCUUAUCUUUCAAUCUUAGUGACGUCCACUAGUCAAGGUCAAGGGUUAAUUAAGUCACACAGAAUUUGUGAUCCAGGGAUUUUCAAUUUCAAAACAAGAACUGUUCUGAUUUUGAACAAUGCUGAACAUGAUUGAGGGUAGGUGAUGUCAUACUAAAGGACAAUUUUACGACCCACUCUCAGAUUUUCAGAUGCAGUUAUGUCUCGGGUAAGAACCCUGUCCAUUUUGAAGAAUAUUUGAGCCAAUGUAGUUGAGGCCAUAUUGGUGAGUGCACUUUAUUAUUGAUAAUCUGCAUGUUUACAAUUAUAUACCCAAUAUUUUACCCACGGUGACUGAGGUCACUGAGGUCAAGACUAGGUGUAGCCUAUGCUUUUGUGAGUUUGGAACCAGUUUUCAGGCAUACAGAAACUAAGAAAACUAUUAAUUUUGACGUCAAAUGAGUUUCUUUUCUGCUCUUGAGCAGUCACACAAACAUUCAGUAACAAUGUAAUUUUUCCAUCACUUUUUGGGAACAUCGAAACCAAGAAAUGUAAUCAUUUUGAAGUCAAAUUAGUUGUUUUCUUCAAGAAAGUAAGAAAGUAAGAAAGUAAUUUCUUCAAGGACCCUGCUCAUUUCUGAAGAAUAUCUGAACUAAAGUGACUGAAGACAGUAGACACUGAGUCCCUACGCCAUGUACAUGUUUCUUUUUGCACAAUCUUCAAUUUUACUACAUCAAAACAGGUGUUUCUUCUCAGUCUUUUCCUGACUCUGUCUCUCAAUGGCGCAGGCAAUGGCUAAAAUAUUUCUGGAGAAAUUAAUCUCCAGAAACAUCUCAUCCAACACCUUAAGUCAGGGGUGUUUCAAUUUGCAGCCCACAGCUUGUUUGUUAUUCUCUUGGUUUAUUGUACAAAUGAAAUUCCUUCAUUGUUAAUGACAUAUAAUACAUUUGCUUUGUCACUUAAAUAACUUACCUUAUAUUGACCUAUACUGGGUUGAGAAUCUUUAAUGUACAAAAUGCAUGCAUUCUUUAGCUUUUCCACACCUAUCUUAAGGAGUGUUUUGCCUGCUUUGAAUACACAAAAGCACACUUAAGCUUAACUUGACCAGUGGGGGCUCCGGCUUCAACUUGACCAAACAUGGAGGUGUACUCAAGAGAUUAUAGUCAUCCGCAACAUUAUUGUUAAAUUAUCUGACAAGUCCUCCCAAAGUCUCUUGACUAAAGUCUAUGAUGUGAUUUUCAAAAACGAAUGAACAAUGUUAUAAAUUAGCAUGACAAUACACCCGUCUCUAUUUCAUCCCGACAUGAUCCUUUAAUUUUUUUGGUUUUGAUUCCUCAUACUUCACAUUAGGCUUAGUUGUUCCUACAGGUGUGGGAUAUGGAUAAAGACAGGAGCUUCUGGCCACUUCUUUGCUCUAUGCAGUGCUUACAGAUGGCGAGAAAAUGCCUUUCCAAUGAGUUAUGGCCUCAAAUGUCAAGAAACUAGCACUUGGAUGCUGUUACAAAGUGACUAUUUAAAGUUUUAACAAUGAAACAGAAUUUGCUUUGUGGCCUCCACAAAUGUUUUUUCUCUGUGAUAGUACACUUAAUCAACUUGGACACUGUGGUGGCUGUCGAUCUUUCUAUAUUUGCAACAGAUUUCUUUUGCUCCAAUUCAAAGUGGCCUUCAUCAGUUGCUUGUCUUUGUUUAGUCGACCCCCUCACCUUGCCGCCGUUCCAGUUUUUUGACUCAAAGCAGAGACUCGGCAUGUUGGACAGGCUGACGUAUUAUCCACAAAUGUGCACAUUCACAUGCAUAGAUACGGACCUGUCACGGUGACCCCUGCCUGGAUGUGGAGUGAUUCCCACUACCUUUUGCCCACAGAAAUGCAUCUGGAAUUUUGUGAGGGCCGUGUGUGGGAGAAAAGACACAAAUGUUUUCAAGACAAAUUCCUACAUCUGUGUAUUUGAUCGUCUCUGAGAAACUGAGAAGAAGCAACUGUUAAAAAUGUAUUGUUUAUAAUGCACAUGGUGUACACAAGAGGUUUUGUAGCUGCCGUUGCUAUUGUUGUUGUUGUUGGGACGUACGGGUUCAACUGUUUUUUUACAUUGGAUCAUAUUUCUUUUACAUAUUUGGGAUCACUUCAGGGAAUCUAAAUGCUGAGAAUUCUAACAUCAUAUAAUAUCUACAGUAUAACAUAAUAUCAUUUACAUUUUAAUUGCAUUACAGUAUAUUGCUUCUAUUGGGUGUAAAACGAAAACUGCACGUCUUUGGAAUUUUGCCAAACAUCCACAAUCCUUAUAUGAGACAUGAAAACACGUCUUUCUCUUUGCUAUGCGUUCUAAAGAUACAAAAACAGAUUUAAAAAAAAGGCAGCUCAUUAUGGUAUACAAAGACCACUAUUAAAACACCUCCAAAAACCAACAUGUUAUAUGGUUUUGCAUUCAUGUUGUGAGCAGGUGGUAAUAGGUACACUAAUGUAAUAUUUGCAUUAUUU